AUGGCUCUACGUCACUUUCUUACCUUACGCGAUUUAUCUACUUUAGAACUGAACCAAGUUGUGCAACGCGGUAUCGAACUAAAGCGUAAACAGCACAACAGCGAAGUAUUCCAACCGUUUGUUGGUAAAGUCAUGGGUAUGAUUUUUGAAAAAUCGAGCACCCGUACCCGUGUAUCGUUCGAAGCAGGCAUGAGCCAGUUUGGUGGCAGUGCAAUUUUCCUCUCUCCACGAGACACCCAAUUGGGUCGUGAACUGGUUAACUCAGCUGAAGAUGCUGCCGUAAAUGCAGACCUCAUCGUGACCGAUGUAUGGGCAAGCAUGGGCCAAGAAGAAGAGCAAAAAAUUCGUGAAGCUGCGUUUGCAGACUAUCAA